AUGCUGCCCAGGGAUCAGGGUGAUGGCGCGGCCCCUCACCCACCCCUGACUGGGAGCGGGCUUACGCCCCCUCCGCCCCCCGCUCCUCCGCGGAGCCUAGCGGCGCUGGUCUCUAGCCCGCGCGAGCGUCCUGGAAGUCUACGCUGCUGCGGGGACGCGCGCGUGCGCACACCUCGAGCGUCCCCUGACGUCACCGCCCACGAGCGUCGGCUGAGCGGCUUGUUUUAUACUGGAGCAGUCCGCUCGAGCCUGGCGGGGCGCUUCUGCGCACGCGUCACUGCCCCACCCCACCCCCACCCCCGCCCGUCGGCAGUGCGCGUGCGCGUCCAUGAUCGGACCUGGAGUUUCUUCCGCCCCCGCCACCACCCCCCGGGGCCCUGGACCCUGCGGGCUACAGUUCUGUCCCCCGGAGCGGGGGCCGGGCCGGGCCGGUCGGAGAGAGGCGGGCAGGGAGGGGAGGCCGUGCGCAGCCGGGGCUCCCCGUCCUUCUGCUCUGGGCGAAUCCACACGUGUGAACGCCACAACAGCGACGAGCGUCCUGCCAGCUGCGUUCCUGUCGCUGUGUCCGGAGAGCCAUUGGGAUGCAGCAGCCCGCGUCCCUCUGAUGUCAGGUGCUCCCAUGGUGGCCGCCAUGUUGGGAAGGUGCACAGAGCGCCCGAGGAGAAGCGGAACCCCCUCCAGAGCCACGCGCAUGCAGGUGCCUGGUCAGCCACCCCGUCAUGCUCCACCAGCCAGACACAGAACGGGUGCCCAGGUUGGGUCAUCAUGAAUAACACAAGGAAAGCCCCGUGCAUCUCCGGACAGAUGCGCUGCUGUGCACCGACUUCCAGGCCCUGGUGCCCACAGUGCCCGGGCCACCCUGCCAACCAGCCAGCCAGGCUCUGGCCUGAAGUCCUCCUUGCUGCUGCCCACAAACCUGCCCUCUGUGGGGACAGAUGGAGCUCCCUGCCUGGGACUGCAGCCUCUGCUAGCCCUCUCCAAAGCAAGCGGCAAACAGCACCCAAGCCUCCUCGGGCAGGGCAGACUCGGUGGCAUCCUGUGACAACUGCCCAUAACACUGCUGGCCACGGUGAAGGCUCAGGAGCUUCAGAAAGGGGCGCCUGCCACUGCCUGGGAAGCUGUCAAGCACAGGCCUUCCUGGGAGUCAGAGGGUGAUGUCCCCAGAGGCAGAGGUGGCACAAAGCCAUGUGCAGACUGGCUAUGGGCAGCACUUGGGCCCAUGGCACAGAGGUAACUGGAACAGGGCCCAGGGCGGGCAAAGCCUAAGGACAUG